AUGUCAGACAAAGGAAAAGGAAGCUACAUUUAUGACUUUUGUGACGUCGCCCAUCCAAAUGAACUAUUGGAUGCUCUGAGAGAGUUCUACCUAGGUGGCAUAUUCACCGACAUCACCCUACAAUGUGCCACGGGACAGGUAUUUUACUGUCACAAGGCAGCAUUGUCAGCCCGCAGCUCUUAUUUCAAAGUCAUGUUCACAGCCGACAUGAAAGAGCGGUCAAACAACCUCAUCAAACUGACAGGGAUUGAUUAUGACGUUCUGAGUGCUUUGGUGAACUACGUAUACACUUCCAGGGUGAACAUCACUGAGACAAAUGUACAGAGCCUGCUGGAGGCAGCAGACCUCUUACAGUUCAGCUCAGUGAAGAAGGCUUGCGAAGACUUCCUUAUACGCUUCCUGGAUGUGGACAACUGCCUGGGUAUGCACUCUUUUGCUGAGCUGCACAUCUGCCCUGAGCUGGAGCGGGAGGCACGAAGGGUAAUGCUCAGCAGGUUUGAGGAACUUCUACAGCAGGAGGAAUUCUUGGAGGUGGACUACGACAAGCUGAGUUCCGUCAUGUCUCUUAAGAACAUCAACGUAUGGAAGGAUGAAGUUCUCUUGGAUGCGGUGGUCAAAUGGGUCACCUAUGACAUUGUUAACCGUAUUGAUCACGUUCAGGGCCUACUCUGUUGUGUCCAUCUUGAGCUGGAUGAGGUGCACUUCAAGACUGCCCUGGAUGGACAGAGGCAAUGCUUACUGGGCAAUGAGGGAAAAGUAAGGUCAUUGAUUAUCAACGCUUUGAAGUCCAACUGCAAAGAGACUUCAGCGAGCAGGAAGAAACUGUCCUCAAGCAUGUAUGUUAUUGGAGGGUACUACUGGCAUCCGCUCUGUGAAGUCCACAUAUGGGAUCCAAUAAGCAACACAUGGGUGCAAGGAAAAGAUAUGCCUGACCAGACAAGAGAGAGCUAUAGUGUAUCUUUACUGGGGGCAAAUAUUUAUGUGACUGGGGGUUAUAUGACUGAGACUAUUGAAGCCCUGGACACAGUUUGGAUUUAUAAUGGUGAUUGUGAUGAGUGGACUGAGGGAUGCCCCAUGAUCACUGCCAGAUACUACCACUGUUCUGUGGCUUUACACGGCUGUAUCUAUGCCAUAGGAGGGUACAGAGGGGGAGCUAUACAACUUGACACUGAAUUCUAUGACCCCUUAAAAAAGAAAUGGUUCCCUACAGCCAACAUGAUACAAGGUGUAGGAAAUGCCACUGCGUGUGUCAUGAAUGACACAAUCUAUGUGACCGGUGGCCACUAUGGAUCCAGAGGAAGCAGCACCUAUGAAAAAGUUCAGGCCUACAGGCCAGACAUAAAUGAGUGGAACAUUGUCACAAUCAGUCCUCAUCCAGAGUAUGGCCUGUGCUCUGUUUCUCUGAACAACAAGCUGUACUUGGUGGGAGGACAGACUACAAUCACAGACUGCUACGAUCCAGAGAGAGAUGAGUGGAGGCAGUUGUCAGUGAUGAAGGAGAGGAGGAUGGAGUGUGGUGCUGUAGUGAUCAAUGGCUGCAUCUAUGUGACCGGGGGAUAUUCCUAUUCAAAGGGGACGUAUCUGCAGAGCAUUGAGAAGUAUGACCCAGAGCUUGACACCUGGGAGGUUGUGGGAAGCCUCCCCAGCCCAGCAAGAACACACGGAUGCAUUUGCAUUUACAGUGUGUAG